AUGGACUCAAAGGUGCAUGUAGAAAUAACCGGCUUGGUUAGGGACCCAAGUUUUCAUGUUGCCAAGAGCAUCGCCGAGGCAAUAAAACAGAAGUUUCCUGAAGCAUUUAUGGCCCCGACCAUUCAACCUUUACUGGAAUUUGACUGGCACAUGUUUCUGUGCAACAAGAAAAGGGAGCUGCGUGGUGAAGUGUGGCAGUACUCCAGCAGGCUGAUGUGCUUUCUGAACGGCCAUCUCCUCGGGAAUGAGAGGGAUCUUGCCAGCUGGGCCAAGAAGCAGUGGGGUUUCACUUUCACUCGGCCGCAGGCCUUUUAUAAGGCUCUCACUGAGGACUGCUACUCCAAACACCUCCAAAAAACUGGGCACCAGUUUGUCUUCAUGGACAUUGAGAUAGCAGGAGAAGAAGUGGGGAGAUUGAUGUUUGAGCUGUUCUCAGAUGUGUGUCCAAAAACAUCAAAGAACUUCGAGGCUCUGUGCACAGGAGAGCAAUCUUUGUCACAGAGCGGCCUCCAGCUCGCCUACAAGGGCACUGUGUUUCACCGGGUGGUGCCCAACGGCUGGGUGCAAGGCGGAGAUAUUUCUCCAGAAAGAAAAGGUGAUGGAGGGGAGUCAAUCUACGGACCAACAUUUGAAGAUGAGAGCUUUGCUGUUUCUCAUGCUAAGCGGGGAAUUCUGGGAAUGGCCAAUAAGGGCCCCCACAGCAAUGGAUCCCAGUUCUACAUCACGCUGCAGCCAACACUCUGGAUGGACAGGAGCUAUGUUGCCUUUGGUCAAGUGGUUGAAGGUGUCGAUGUCCUCAGGAGAUUAGAAGAAGCAGUGACUUGCAAUGAAAGACCAAAGUAUGAUUGCAAAAUCAUAGACUGUGGAGUAUUUUAG